GUGUGUGUGUGUGGCGGAGGGGGAGUGAAGCACAGUCAGUCAGUCAGAGCGCUGCUCAGGUGAACUGCACCAGGGCAGGUAGAACGCGUCGGAUAGCGCGGCCGCUCCCACAGAAACUUCUGGAAAACGAAAAGGUCAUCUCACCGCGGUCCGUUGGAAAACCACCUCCUCGAGUUGUGACCAUUGUUACCAUGCCAACUGUAACAGCAGAGGCCUUUAAAAAUAUCAGCACAAGCCCAGGCCUGCAAAUAUGGACCAUCGAGAAAAUGGAGGUGGUCCCUGUCCCUCUAAAGGCUUAUGGGAGUUUUUUUGAAGGCGAUUGUUACCUGAUACUGUUUAUUCGUGAGACAGAGAGAGGGACGUCCAAAGCCCUCCAUUACUGGAUUGGGAAGGAGUCAACCCAGGAUGAACAAGGAGCUGCCGCAAUGUACACCACUCAACUGGAUGAUCACCUCGGCGGAGAACCUACCCAGUACCGGGAAACACAGGGUUAUGAGUCUCCAGAGUUCAAAAGUUACUUCAAGAAUGGUAUCGUAUACAAGAAAGGAGGCGUAGCCUCUGGCUUCAAACACGUAGAGACGAAUGUGUAUAACAUCAAGCGGCUACUCCAUGUCAAGGGGAAGAAGAACGUAACUGCGUCAGAGGUGGAAGUAUCCUGGAACAGUUUCAACUCUGGCGAUGUUUUCCUCUUGGAUUUGGGAAAGGUCAUUGUCCAGUGGAAUGCGCCACGUAGUAAUAGGACUGAGAGGUUGAAGGCCCUGUUGCUUGCCCAAAAUAUCAGAGAUGCAGAGCGUGGAGGACGAGCUCAGAUUGGCAUCAUCGAUGGAGACAAGGAAGAUCAAUAUCCCGAGCUGAAAAAGAUAAUGACGGCCGUACUUGGAGAACGGAGAGGGGAGUUGAAGGAUCCUGCCCCUGAUGAGAGGGCUGACCAGCUCCAGAAAGCCAAUAUCAGGCUUUACCAUGUUUCAGAUGCUACAGGAAGUUUGAUGGUACAGGAAGUGGCCACACGGCCUCUGACUCAGGAUCUCCUGAAACACGAGGAUUGCUACAUUCUGGAUCAAGGCAGUUCCAUCAUCUUUGUUUGGAAAGGGAAGAAGGCCACUACAAAUGAGAAACGGUCAGGGAUGAACAGGGCCCUAGGAUUCAUAAAAGCCAAGGAUUAUCCAUCCAGUACUAAUGUGGUGGUGCUCAAUGACGGUGCUGAAUCAGCCAUGUUCAAACAGCUCUUCAAGAAAUGGAAUGUCAAAGGGCAAACGCAAGGCUUGGGCAAGACAUAUACAGUAGGCAAGAUUGCUAAAGUGGAACAGACCAAGUUCGAUGUGACUACGUUGCAUGCCAGACCAGAUCUUGCCGCUCAAUAUAGGAUGGUGGAUGAUGCCUCUGGGGCAGUGGAUGUAUGGAGAAUUGAAGGUAAUGAACCUGUUCCAGUGGAUCCCAAAACUUAUGGCCAGUUCUAUGGGGGAGACUGCUACUUGGUGCUGUACACAUACAUGAAAAACAACAAGUCUGCUUAUAUUAUCUACAUGUGGCAGGGAUUGCACGCUGGCCGGGAUGAGAUCACUGCUUCUGCCUAUCAAGCUGUCAACUUGGACGACAAAUACAAUGGUGAGGCAGUUCAGGUGCGAGUGGUCAUGGGCAAGGAGCCUCAACAUUUCCUGGCCAUCUUUAAAGGAAAACUCAUCAUUUACCAGGGUGGAACUGGGCGUGAAGGGAUGAAGGAAGAACCGCCAGUCCGACUUUUUCAGGUCCGUGGCACAAACGAAGUGAACACCAAAGCUACCGAGGUGCCUGCCCGCACUUCCUCGCUCAACUCCAACGACAUUUUUGUCCUGAAGACAGAGCAGACCACCUACAUGUGGUGUGGAAAGGGCUGCAGUGGCGAUGAGCGUGAGAUGGCCAAGACGGUGGCUAACAAUCUGUCAAAGCGAGAGAAGCAGACUGUUCUGGAGGCUCAGGAACCUCCAGAUUUCUGGGCAGCAUUGGGAGGGAGAGGGCGUUAUGUAAGUGACAAAAGGUUUCAAGAAGAAAAAUGUGAUUAUGACCCUCGCCUCUUUGAAUGCUCCAAUCAGACUGGGCGAUUCAUCAUGUCUGAAAUUUAUGACUUCACUCAAGAGGACCUUGAUGAAGAUGACGUCAUGUUGCUGGACACAUGGGAAGAGCUGUUCUUGUGGAUCGGCCGGUCAGCCAACGAAUAUGAGAAGAAACAGGCUGAGAUAAUGGCACAAGAGUACCUUCAGACCCACCCAGCUGAUCGGGACAUGGAUACACCCAUCAUCACUGUGAAGCAAGGCUGUGAACCCCUGACCUUUACUGGCUGGUUCAAUGCCUGGGAUUCACAUAAAUGGAGUACUGGCAAUGGAAGUCCCUAUGAUCAGAUGAGAUAUAAACUGGGAGAUGUCUCGGGGAUCAGUCAGAUCUCUGUGGACCUCAAUGACAUGGAUCUGAACAAAAAAGGAAGCCACAGCCCUGCGCCAUCUUCAGCUUUCUCCCAUCCCUCGGCCUCUGCAUCAUCACCUUUUGCCACCCAAACGUCUGGAGGUGCCAGGGCAGCUCCUCCUGCCCCAUCCUCUGGACCCACCAUUGUCAAUGGGAAGGAAUAUUUCCCACCGGAGUUACUGAUGAACAAAGCAGCAGAUGAGCUGCCCAAGGGUGUGGACGCUGACAAGAGAGAGCAAUACUUGUCUGACACAGACUUUAUGGAUGUUUUUGGAAUGACACGGGACCAGUUUCAAGAGUGCCCUUCCUGGAAACAGAAGGUCCUGAAGAAACAGAAGAAUCUUUUCUGAACGGUUUCCGACUCUCUGUCUGGGCUCCGCAACAUCUUCGGUUUUAAUCGACAAGAUUGUAAUGUCUCUGUCCACUGGGGCUGGAAUUAGAAAAUAGAAGUCAGAUAUACAUAUAUUUUUUUCUUUUUUUUUUGUUUUGCAAAUUUUAAGUUCUUUGUGCAAUGCCGCAGAUUCUAAAAGGUCAAUAAUAUAAUAGUCUACAUUUUAUUGAAAGAGUUUCCCUGGAUGCUCCAAAAUCAAGGAAAAGAAACCGUCCAAGGAGAGAUUAGUGAGACAGUUUGCUGCUGCAAGUUCCCAGAUCCACUUCACUGAUCCUGGGAAGACUCUAUUUGCCAAAUCUCUCAGCAUUAAAGCUGCCUCUGGUUGCUAUAUGUGCCAUUACUCCAGAUUGAUCACCACCAAAUACUGAGCCAAAUGGGCUGAGGUCAGGUAAUGGGAGGAGAGGCAGUGGAGGAGUGAGGGCAGCAUGAGGGAAUGGGUGGCUAGUGAAAAUUGUUAUUAAGGAAGGGAUCACACUCCAAGCUAUUAUCAAGUACCGCCCAAUGACAGUGCAAGCAUGUGCAGGUCAUAGAGACUCCAUCCAGUUCAGGCGCGAUGACCUGUGCUGUCAUGUGUGACAUCCCGGGCUCUGAACCAGAGUCUCCAGGCUCAAGUCCCAGCCCAAUACGUGAUGGCCACGGAAAGUGCAUUCAUAAUGGGGCCAAACACUUUGAGUAUUAACAUAUAAAUCCUUCCAACACCUGCCAAUAGCAGGCAGUAAGAAUGGUGAGAUUCCUGGUCAGUCAAGUGAAAAUGUCGGAUCUUCCACUGCUCCUGUCUGCAGCUCCAAGAUGGCAGCAUUAUUGUAACUGUAAAUGUUGCCUCCCGGCCCAGGCUCGCAUAAAUGAGCUGUCAUGCACCACCAACACCACCCAUUCAAAUAGACAGCUUGGCAUUCACGUCACGUGUAUGGUGAAUGGCCACUGGUGUGGGAGGCACCAGAAGGCUGAUCAUCAUUGUGCCAACCACCUUUUGGAGUCAGCAACAAAUCAGUGUCGUGAGAAAGAAAUAAAGUGUGAAAUGCAGGGUACAGGAAACAGCAAAAUAAUCCAGCAGGAGAGAUGGCAACAAGGUAAGGGCUUCCUGUGAGCAGCCAACCUAGUUCCCCAUGGGCUAUUAGUCUAUAAGUAACCCCAAUAGCAACACACAUGCUGCAAUAUCCAAUGCCAUCGCUUUCACUCUUUGCCACAUUUCCUUUGAGUUUGUAUUUCUUCUUCUCUUUAAUUUUGAAACUGUAUUUCAGAAGAUUGAGUAGAACUUGUAAACUUCACUAGUUUGGGCAAGGACUGGAGUGUACAGUUUCCAGGUUGGAUUAAGGAGUGGCAGAGUGAGGUGUUAGAGGUGCAUGGAGAAGGAGAAAUUGUCACCAUGUGUCCAUCCAUUUCAGGACAUAGAGUCCUCUCUUAUCCAAGGGAAGACCAGGUCAAUGGGUCUGCUGGGCACCAUCAGGUCUGAUAGAUCCAGAUACUCUCAUUGAAUUGUGAAAGACAAUUAAGGGGUACCCAACCAAACCACGCAAGAUAAUAACUUGGAAAUUCAGAGGAAUCUCAAUUAUCUGAACGAGAUGGCUGGUGGGGCAAUAUUUCAUUUGGAUAAUUGAUUAUUCGGUUAAUUGAAUCAAUGCCUCUCCUCUGGGGCUCAGACCUUUCUGAAGUUUCCUUUUUCCUCGCUUUGCCUGCCUUGCUCUCCCUCUCUGUCUCAGGGUUUGUUUCUGAGCAGACACACGCUAGUGUGUAAGGGACCUGCAGCAUUGCUGAAGCCUCCACCCCCACCACCCUCCCUCAUCUCAAUUCAAUGGGAUUGACACAGCGAGUACUUGGUAAGUCCAUACCCAGUUGGGUAACAACACACUGCAUGUGAGCUCCCACCCCAACCCAACCCCAAUUCCGUCCAACUCUCCAAUCCCCCACAUCCACCCCCACCCCUGUGCCCCCAUCCACCCCCCAAACCCCGUCCAAUCCCCCGCGACCUGUCCACCUCCACCCCGUCCAACCCCACCCUCACCCCUUUUGCCCCACCUAAUGUCCACCCGACUGCCCCCCCCCCCCCCCCGUGCGCCCCCACACCCUCUCCAGGGCAGUCAGGCUGGACACCAACAGGAAGACUGCUGCUACCUUUGGCGGGGUGAGUGUCCAAAUAGCGCGCACGUGCGCGCACACACACACAAACCUUUUUACUGCAACUUUUUGACAGGUUUCACUUUUAGUCCUGUACAGGACAAUGUUGGAGAGAUCAUCUGUGGAAGGGGGUUUAGGGUACACACCUGUGUAGAACCCCAGGUAAAGUAUAGGAAGAGAGAGAAAGGGCAGGCGGUCAGUCAUUUGGAGAGGGUGCCUGGGCUCCCAUCAAUGCCCAGGAUUGUUCUCAGCAGCAUUUCAGUAAGCCAAGUUCAUUUUUAAUCAUUGUAAACAAAAGACGAGAUCAGUUUUGGAAACACCUCUUUGCUGUAAUAUUUCUAUCAGGACCUUGAUAUCUUCUUCGGAUAAUCCAAAAUUUGGAUAAUUGAUAUUCGGAUAAUUGAGGUUCCUCUGUAUAUCUAUUUCUUCACGGUGGCUGGGCCAAAUCUUGGAACUUAGGGCCUAACAACUGUGGGUGUCCCUACACCACAUUGAAGCAGUCCAAGAGGCUGAUCAUCACCACCUUUUUUUGGGAAAUCAGGAAUGGGCAAUAAAUGCUAGUCUAGUCAGAUCCAUAAGAUGGUCAAAAGAGCCACCAAAUUAAUUGGGUGUGUUUCUAGAGGAUUAACACAUGACAUGUCCUCACGCUUGCCGUUGGUCAGUCUUCCAGGGAAAGUGGGUAGGUGUUUUGUCAUCCAGUGGGAUUUCUCUUGACUGUCAGUUAUCUUUAUCCUUGCCCCAUUCUCCAAUAUUUUUAUAACAAAAGAAAGUAUUGCAGUUAUACAGUGCUGUUCAUGACUAUACAUGUCCCAAAAAGAUUUUACAUCCAAAAACAUCCAAAACGUUUUCACUUGUAAUGAAGUAAAGCAUUACUUUGUUUAGAACCACUAGAUUUUUCUCAGUGGGGUUGGCCAUGGUGAUGUCCAAGGCAUUGUUCCUCAAUUUCUGGAGACUUGAGGCCACUUUUGGAAGAUUGGCAAGUCCCAAAGACAAACCACAUUGACCAUUAAGAAGUGCCAAUUUAUCGAUAACUGAGGACGAAGGGCCUGUUGCAGCACAAGUGGCUUCCAGGUGCCAUGGUUACAUUCAUGGUCAGCUGACAGGGGUGCUGGUCAAGGGGUAUGGGAGGGGACGCCUCCAACUCUGCUAUCCCAAGCAGUCAGGGUUUCCAUCCGGAAACCGCUAUUGGGAAAUGCCUAUUGCUAACUAAACUCUACGCUUCCUCCUUCUCUCCAUCUCGGCUGAUCUGAGAGGUUGAUGUGUCUACCAGACCAGUUUUAUGUAAUAAAAAAACAUUUGUGAUUGAAA